GAUUUGAGAUUAUUCCUGGAACAAAAGCCAUGGCUAGUAAAUGGGUACCCGCUAUUACUAAACAAAUGGGUACCAAAUGUCUCGAUAGAUAAACUUGUCUUUGAUGAGCUCUUAAUUAUAGUGAGAAUCCUGAAUGUACUUGUAGACAAGCGGUGCUGGGAAUGGGAAGCAAAACUGGUAAAGAUAGCUGGCGAAGCAGUUAAAAAAAGAUGCUUGGAAGGGGAAGAGGAGGAAGAAUUAGAAGAAGAGGAACCACAGUGGGGUCAUUUCUUCAGAAUCAGAGUCAAAAUUAAGGUGAUCAAACCACUGGCGAUGGGAAACUACGAUGUAAACGAAGAGGGAGAGAAAGUUUGGUACAAUUUUCAGUAUGAAGGAUUGCCGUUAUUCUGCUUUAGAUGUGGCCUUAUAGGCCAUGAGGAGAUAAACUACGAAAAAGUCUCAAAUGCGCAGGCAAUGGAGGAGAUUACAAAGAGGUUGGAUGCUCAAACCUUUGAAGCUGAAGAAGGAAAAAUGAGAUAUGGGAUGACUCUAAGAGAAAUACUAGAAAAAGAAGACUUUAAAUUCAAAAACUCUCAAAGGACGGAUAUUGAAGCAACGAGAGAGAAAGGCCCAAUUUGAAGCGAGAAUAGGUUUAGAAGGACAACAGAGGAGAGGAGUAUGAAUCAACUGGGUGGUCAGGAAGGUAUGGAGAUGCUAAAGUUAGUUGAAAUUAGAGGUGCAGGAAUGGGAUCUCUGACACAUAUCAAGGACCGAAACAAAAGCUUUAAAGGCAUUGACUCAUGCAGAAGGGGAUUGUUUCAAGAGGCGCCAAACCUUAGUUCUGGAUUAAGGAGUCUUUUCCUGUCUGAGGGGACAGUUCGACUGAUUAUUUUGCCGGAGAAGUCAUGCCAGCUAACUGAGUUUGAGGAAGAAGACAACACGGUCAAGGAAGUGACGGUUACAGGUGGGGGAGCUCGAGGUUAGAGGUAAUGAUGCCAACGUCAAAUCAGAUGGAGAGUUUCUGGAGGCAGAAUUAGGCUAAGUGAACAGGUUUUGACAAGGUGGCAGUAGGAGAAGUAGGAGGGGUGAUAGGUGCAUGGUUGGGUGACCAAAUUCAAGUGACGUGUUAUGACAAAAAGAGCCUGAAAGGGAAAGACCCCAUGGUGAAGGCUUGUCUGCAACAAAAGAGAGAAGAAUGAAGGGGUAGUUAUUAUAGAAGUGGAAACAGAGAGUGGGACCUAGCCGAACAUGAAUCGGGGAUGGGCAAAAAGAGAGAUACCCGAGAAGAUAUCAGAACUGAGUCGAAUCUGGAAUGGUUGAUGGAAAAAGAAAACUCACCUGGAGAGGGCAUUGAUUUUGAAGACUUCCUGUUAGAAAAUGAAGAUAUUGAUGGGGGUGCAGUCGAAGGAAUCGAAGGGUGAGUUGCUAGCUACGGAUAUGGAAUUGGAAUCUUCUGAGACAGGAACUGUAAACUGCUUGGGUAGUCAUAGAUCAGAUGAGAUGACAGUUACAUCUUCACUAAAGCAGAUCUUGGGGAGGGACAGACCUUAUUUGAUACUCUCAAACUUUAUGGAGAGGCUUCUGGUUAGCAGGAUGUGGAGGGAGAGGCAGAAGAUUUCCCAAGAAGAAUGGCAGUUUUUUUUCAAGCCCCUAGAAUGUCAGCAGCUGUAUUUUGGAAAGUGCCCAAGCCAGGAUUGUGAUCUCAGCUGCUUUUGGGAAGAUUUCUGGAUAGUCCCCCAUUUAGGCGGAGGUUAUAGCAAUCCUUAAUGGAGUGAUGCUCUUGGAAGGGAUAGGAGACUCCUUGAUCUCAGUGGAAUCGGACUGCCUUAACAUUGUUCAAGCGUUAUCAUCAAAGAACUCCAAUGAAGCUUCAGAUACUUUUGUUUUUGUGCAAAGAUAUUGAAGUAGCGACAACAAAUUUUAAUGUUGAUUUUGUUUAUGUAAACAAAAAAUGUAAUUCUGUAGCCCAUCUACUGGCUAAGCGGGGACUAAAAGAGUCUAGAAUUUAUGCUAGUGGAAUCUCUGAUUGGAUCAAGGACCUCGCCAAUUGAUCUUUACGGUGCUUCCUCUAUCAAUUAGAUCCUUUAUCCAUAGAAUAUAGUAUAUAGGCAUAUCUAUUUCUUCAUAUUUUGGCUUCUAUGAAGUCUCUUUGUUUGCUACAGCUGAUAAAAAUCGUUGCUUUGGACGAUGCAUAUGUAGAAAGCCUCUUUUGUUUUUAGUAUUUAUUAUCGGAUUUUWUCUUUCGUUCCUUCUUUCUAUAGUGGAGAUAGUCGCACGUAA